AUGCGCAGCGGCUGGUCGCUCUGCAAGGGGGAAGCGGAUGACCUCUCAACUAGUCCUCAGCUGUUUACUCCCAUGAGCCCUUACGAUGCAGACCUUCCGAUUCAAACAGCUGAAGAUGUGUUGUUCGGUUCUCAAUUUAACCAGCCCAAAGAGCUUCCUACAGACUUCUCCUCCGUGGAUCUCAGCUUUCUUCCAGAUAUUAGCCAAGAAAACAAAGAACAAAAUCUAGCUGAAGAUGGUAAUGAAAUGCAAAAAGAGCUUGAUGGCUCAAUUUCAAGAAAUGAGGACAGUGGUAUCAUCAUGGACGAAAGCAGAUUGUCAUAUCCAGAUGCAACUCAACCAUCCCCUGAAGCAUCUGGUGUGUGUCCUCCUCUGACACCAAUGACUCCUAUGACCCCAGUGACACCUGCAUCAGAAAGCUCUGGCAUAGUUCCUCAGUUACAGAAUAUAGUGUCGACUGUAAACUUGGCAUGUAAACUAGAUCUAAAGAACAUAGCUCUGCAUGCCAGAAAUGCAGAGUAUAACCCAAAGAGGUUUGCUGCUGUGAUCAUGAGAAUCAGGGAACCACGAACAACAGCCCUCAUCUUCAGCUCAGGAAAAAUGGUCUGCACAGGAGCAAAAAGUGAAGAGCAAUCACGGCUCGCGGCUAGGAAGUACGCACGUGUGGUGCAGAAGCUUGGGUUCCCUGCUAAGUUCCUGGACUUCAAGAUACAGAAUAUGGUUGGGAGCUGUGACGUGAGGUUCCCCAUAUGUGGAACCACUAAUUUAAACCCGUGCUAUGAACCUGAACUAUUUCCUGGCCUUAUUUAUAGGAUGGUCAAACCAAGGAUAGUGCUGCUUAUUUUUGUGUCUGGAAAAGUUGUACUGACUGGCGCAAAAGAGCGUUCUGAAAUCUAUGAGGCAUUUGAGAACAUCUACCCUAUUCUAAAAGGUUUCAAGAAAGCAUCAUAA